AUGGGUCGUCAGGAUCCCAAUCACAAAUUUCUUUGGGAGAUCGCCAAGUAUGGAGAGAUGACAACGGUUCAUCUCGGUGCCAAAACAUGGAUCUUCCUCAACUCCCACCGGGUUGUCUCUGAGAUCAUCGCCAAGCGCGGCAGUGUGACAAACACCCGCUCACCCAUGCCAAUUGCCAGCGGUCUCGUCAGCCGCGAUGGGCGGUCGUUGAUUCUCCCGCAAGAAACCUGGUCGGAGCGCCGGCGCGUAAUGCAUAGUCUCCUAAGUGGCAGUGCGCUGAAGCAGUACGGAGAAUGGCAAGAGCUAGAGAGUACGCAGAUGAUGGCUGAAUACCUCUUUCACCCGGAGAAGUGGUAUAAGCACCACUAUCGGUAUGCGAAUUCUGUUGUCCAUCGCAUUGUGCUGGGAGAGCGGCUUGCCAAGUCAACUCAGGAACUAGCAGAUCUACAGAACUGUGUCACAUUUUUCGUCGGGAGUAUUGGCUCCAGCAUCAUCGACUGGUUUCCUGAGCUGGCCCGGUUGCCUAAAGUCCUCCAGUUUUGGCGUGCCCAUUGGCAAUCCCUGGGCGACUGGAACUAUGGAGUGUAUAACUCAUGGUGGGCUCCAGUCAAGAAACAAGUCGACGAGGGAACCGCUCCACCAUCCUUUGUGCGAGAUGUUCUGCUUAACGAAGACACGAGAUACAAGGGAGAUGAUCAAGACUGUAUGUAUCUCGCCAUGCAGCUGAUAGAGGCUGGAAGUGACACGACACGAGAAGCGCUGAACAUCAUGGUAAUGGCGAUGCUUGAGUACCCGGAGCCUUUCCUCAAGGCCAGAGCCGAGAUUGAUCACGUAUGCGGCUAUGGAAAGGAUGCUCGUCUUCCGGUGCUUGCAGACAUGGAAAAUCUGCGCUUUAUCUGCGCCAUUGCAAAGGAAGUGUUGCGCUGGCGGCCGAUCUUUGUCGUCACACCUGACCAUGUUGCCUCCCAAGAUAUUGAUUUUGAAGGCUAUAAAUUUCCGGUGGGCACCGGUUUUGUGAUCAACGAAGUGGCAGUCGGUAGUGAGUGUGAGAACCCCACUGCAUUUGACCCAGAUCGAUGGAUGAAUGGCCUUGAGACAGAUAUUAGCCAUGGACUUUGGCAGUUUGGCGGCGGUAGGCGCAUCUGUGUUGGCUAUCGCCUGGCUCAGAGAAGUCUCUUCAUCAAUAUUGCGAGGCUUAUACAGUGUGUUGACUUCAAAGCAGAUGGUCCCUACAACCCCAAGAUUCUCAAUUUAGAAUCCAUCGAUGAACCAUUUCCUGUGAAGGCCACAAUUCGCAGCGACGAUUAUGAGCAUUUGAUUCUCACCGAGGCUACUAGAGCUGGCGUGUUAGAUGAUGCUAAGCUGGAUCGAAAUUGA